AUGUCGGGCGCGCAAUCUAAUCUUUCAAAAACCUCCAAUACUAGGACAACUAGUGAUUUCUCCAAUAUAAGGUUACUAAAUCUCAGUGAUGUUCACAAGGCUGCCAAAACUUUGUUAGCCUCGUUCAAGACCGACGCUCUUGCCCGUUUACUCGUGGCCCACAUCGAGACUCAGGCCGAAAAGGAUAGAUGUGAAACCCUUCUCUAUGAAGCUUAUCUCAGACAACAUAUUCUCAAGGGUUUAUGUUUUGGUAUAAAUGAAACCGACCGUGGUUUUGAAACUGUUGCUAUCUGGUCAACUCCAACAUCUGUCCAUGACGGUUUGGACAGUUUUGGAGUUUUGAUGGAAUCUGGCUACAACAAGGUCUGGGACCUGUUUGGUGAAAUAGGCCGCGAAAAGGUGUUCUAUGGAAUGUUACCCUUGUUGCAUGAUUCUUGUGAAAGAAUCCUUACGAACGAUUCUCGUUUCAGAAAUAAAGGUGUAUGGACCUUGGUGUAUUUGGGUUCCACCGUAGAAGCCAGAGGCAAAGGUAAUGUCAGAAAGAUGUUUGACUACAUGUACACCAAGUACAUUGAUGCUUCGGACAACAAUAUAGCAUAUUUGGAGAGUUCAUCUCCUUCUAAUAUCCCUAUUUACGAAAGAUUUGGAUUCAGAUUCUACGAGGAUAUCGUGUUGGGCGAUAGCACUUCAAAGGAUGCCAUAGAAGGUGAGGAUUUCGCUGUUAUGAACGUUAUGAUCAGAGGUCCCAAAGGCAGGGACUGGACCAAGGACAAGAACGUUAUCGCAGAAAAGGGAAAGUUGUAA